ACCGACUUCGGGUAGUUGCUGUGAGCUCCGGACUCCGUGACCCGAAAUCCCGGGACAGUCCUGCUCUCUUCCCUCUCUCUCAGCCCCACCAUCCGUACACGGGCCCCGGGGAGCUUCCGGCUGAUGAGGGAAUGGGAACCGAUGGAUCUCUCAGACAGAGCUGAGCUCCAGCUGUCUAAAUGCAAGGAUCGGGAACUCGGAGAAAGAGAAGAAAAUCUUUUACAUCAGCUGUUGUGAAAAUCACCUUUGUUCUGCCUCCAAUCACUAACAAGAGAAAAUCUGCAGAGAGGGCACAAUUUUAAAGUGCUUGGAAGCAGGUAACAAAUGACGAGGAAUUUAUCUACGGGAAUCUUGAACACAACAUGCCAGUUUUGCUGUCCUUGUCCAGAUAUUUAAGAAGUGGAGCAAGGGAUUCACUUGAUCGCCCGCCCGUUCAGACUGUGGGGAGGGAUUCACUCAGUCAUUUCAACUGAAGAUAUAUCAGCAAGUUCACACCAGACAAGGCCAUUCAUUUGUUCUGUGGGUGAGAAGGCAUUCAGUUGCUCAUCCCACCUGUGGACACACCAGUCAGUUUACCCUGGGCAGAGGCUGGUCAUCUGCUGAAUUUGUGGGAAAGGAUUCACUCGGUCAUCUGACACAAUGGCUCACCAGCGUGUUUACACCGGGGAGCGGCCGUUCACCUGCUCAGACUGUGGGAUGGAAUUCACUGAGUCAUCCAACCUAAUGGUACAUCAGCGAGUUCACACUGGGGAGAAGCCGUUCACGUGCUCAGUCUGUGGGAAGAGAUUCACUUGGUUAUCCACACUACAGAGUCAUCAGCGAGUUCACACUGGGCAGAAGCCAUUCACCUGCUCAGUCUGUGGGAAAAGAUUCACUGAUUCAUCCACCGUACAGAGUCAUCAGCGAGUUCACACUGGGGAGAAGCCGUUCACCUGUUCAGAAUGCGGGAAGGGAUUCACUCAGUCAUCCAAACUACAGAUUCAUCAGCGAGUUCACACUGGGGAGAAGCCAUUCACCUGCUCAGAAUGUGGGAAGGGAUUCACUCAGUUAUCCACCCUGCAGAGACAUCAGCGAGUUCACACUGGGGAGAAGCCGUUCACCUGCUCAGUCUGUGGGAAGAGAUUCACUGAUUCAUCCAACCUACAGAGACACCAGUUAGUUCACACAGGGGAGAAGCCGUUCACCUGCUCAGUCUGUGGGAAGAGAUUCACUGAUUCAUCCACCCUACAGAGUCAUCAGCGAGUUCACACUGGGGAGAAGCCAUUCACCUGCUCAGAAUGUGGGAAUGUAUUCACUCGGUCAUCCCAACUACUGGCACACCAGUCAGUUCACACUGGGGAGUGGCCGUUUACCUGCUCAGAAUGUGGGAAAGGAUUCACUCAAUCAUCCACCCUACUGACACAUCUGCGAGUUCACACUGGGGAGAAACCGUUCACCUGCUCAGAAUGUGGGAAGAGAUUCACUCAGUCAUCCAACCUGCAGAGACAUCAGCGAGUUCACACUGGGGAGAAGCCAUUCACCAGCUCAGAAUGUGGGAAAGGAUUCACUCAGUCAUCCAACCUACAGAAUCAUCAGCGAGUUCACACUGGGGAGAAGCGAUUCACCAGCUCAGAAUGUGGGAAAGGAUUCACUCAGUCAUCCAACCUACUGGCACACCAGUCAGUUCACAAUGGGGAGUGACCAUUGUUAUGAAUCCCUAGAUUUCAUUUGCUGUGGACUGUCAUUUUGAGAGA